AUGGAAGUGUUGUUCAACUUCAUGCAGUGGGUGUCAUCGUUUUCUCACAUCGAUGAAGAAUCUGGCAGCAAAAUGGAUGUCCACAAUCUGGCUACUGUGAUGGCGCCAAACAUCUUGCACUUGGGCAAACGCGAUGUUCCCUUGGAUGAUAACUUGCUCGCUAUCGAGGCGGUGCACUCCCUGAUUGAGUACAAUGAGUACAUGUGCGAGGUAAAUACACUGUCGUCGCUUGUCCAAUGA